GCCGGAGCGCUAACUGUGCGCACGCGCCGAGAGGCGUGUGCCCGUUACCAUGGGAGCCAGAGCAGCUGGUGGAGGCUCUGGUUGCGGCGAUCUGCGAGUAUUUGUGCGGGGCCCAGGCGCGGUGCCGCUGCGGAGCUGUGGUUACGGUCCCCCGAGCCCAGCUCUCUGUGGCGGGGGGCAGCCAGCCGGGGUCUUACUUUAGGAGCCCUCCCAUGGCUUCCCAGGAAAGGGUGGAGGCAGUGACCAAAGGAACAGAGUCCUGGCGCUGCCCCAAGCCGGCCACUUACACCCCGGGGACCUGCGAGCUGCUCAGAGUGAUGAUGAAGGAAUCCAAGCUGACUAACUUCCAACAGCGCCACAUCAUGGACACCAUGAAAAGAGGAGACACUCUGCCCCUACAGUGCAGCCCAACAUCCAGCCAGAGGGUCUUGCCUUCCAAACAGCCAGCCUCAGCCAUCUACCUGCCUCCCAUCCUGGCGGCCCGGCCCCACCUCCGGCCUGCCAGCUUGUGCCAAGCCAGCGGGGCCUACAGCCGGGAACCAUUCAGGCCUCAAGCCACCCGAGAUCUGGAGAAAGAGAAGCGAAGACUCCAAAAUAUUUUUGCCACUGGGAAGGACUCAGAGGAACGGAAAAGAAAGCCCCCUCCAGUGCAACAGGAGGACUCGGCCCCUGAGCUGGACCGCUUUGAAGAAUUGGUAAAGGAAAUCCAGGAGAGGAAAGAAUUCCUGGCUGGCAUGGAGGCGCUGGGACAGGGCAGACAGUACCGAGGGAUCAUCCUUGCUGAGAUCUCCCAGGUAGGAGAAGCAACAGGGAAGGGGUGCGGGAGGGUCCACCAUGAGUGCGCAGCAGGAGACGUGAGUGGACAGAGCAGCUGUUGCCUAGGUCUGGCCCAGGUCUGGGAGUCCAUUCUAGCCUCACAUCAGCAGCGGCUCCUCAAGUUCCCUCCCUGAUCCCCAGCUUUCCCUGAUGCCUUUUGCAGAAGCUACGGGAAAUGGAAGACAUUGACCACAAGAGGAGUGAGGACCUUAAAAGGCUCUUGCCACCCCCUGAUCUGUCUCCAGACGCAGGGGCAGAGUAGCUCACCCUGGACCACCACUGGAGCCCACCCCCUGGUCAGCCCACCUACCCUGGCCUUCAGUCACAUCAAAUGGUCAUGCAGCACUGCCCUGGCCUAGGGGACCCUGGGCACACACGGCACCCUAGAAAAUGGACCAAUCUCAGGGAAUGAGCUGGUUCUCCUCAAGACUCUGCCCAGGGAGCCUGGGUCAGCUGACCUGCUGAGACCCACAGUCACAGACACCGACACGCACCACACACACACACACACACACACACAAUCACACACAGGACUUCUAGUCUUUUCUCAGGGAAAAAGCCCAUACACAGUGAAGGCAAGGCCCAAUCUCACCAUUUUGGGUGUGUGUCUGAGGGCAUCCAACGGGCCUCUUCCUCCCCCCGCCCCCAACACCCACCGUGUGUCCUACAUGUUUUCAGAACUUCGGAAUGAAGACGAUUCCUUCCUUCCUACUUGCCUUAGGACCUACUUAUAUGACUACAGGCAAUGUUUAACCACAUGAUUAAUUGGCCAGUAAGACACAUUUAACGUAGGUCAUUACAUACACUGUUUUGUUUUCAGAAGGAUAGACUUAUUUGUUCAAGGAGUUAGAAUUUUUUCAAGCCCAGAUGUUUUUUAGCUGUUUGCAUAUCUCAAGUGGAAAUGAGAACCAACACUUCUUGAACACCCCAAGGCCAGACACUGUGUCAGGCUGAAUUUCACUUGGUUCAUUCUCUCAAUAAAACCCUCCGAUGAUGGUU